UUUUUGAAUAAUUUUGCGGUAUAAAAGAUGUCUGAAGCCUCAAGAGAACUGUUCACACCAGUGCUAAAGGAACACCUUAACGAUUUCAGUAGCAGUAAUGUCAUUUUCGUGGGAAAAGUUAAGUCAAACGACGGAAGGACCCUGACUCUGACUGAUAGUAAUGAGGAUGAAGUCUCGAUUACCGACUUCAACGGAGACUCAAACAUUACAGGUUUUGUAGAGAUUAGAGGGGUCUCAAGUUCAGAUAGUUCCAUCGAGUUUAAAGAUAUCACCCAAUACAACUCGGAUUUCAACCUCAACCAGUAUGAAGAUAUGCUUAAAUACGGCCACAAGAUGAACAAGGAUUGCUUGCUACCCUAAAAAGUUCAUAUAAAUCCAUUAAAGAAGAAAUUAUGAGAUUUUGAAAAAUUGG